UAUGGAUGUAUCAAUCUCAAAUUUAAAAUUCUUUGUAUACUUUUCACUCGCCUUCUUGCCUUCUUGUGAUAAUUUGGGACUAGUGAAAUUCCUAUCAACUGAUAAGAUUGUUACAGAAGGAGAACACAUUCAAUUAGAAGUAGUAAAAACUGGAAUAGCUGCUAGCCGCAUCAUUGUUGCAGUUGAAAUCCUGGGUCAGAAUACUCAUGAUUUUGAAGGCACGUCUGUUGUUUUGACUAUACCACCCGGAAAGGAAAGUUAUACAAGCAAUGCUCAUUUUAUAGUAAAAAAUGAUCAGUUUCCAGAAAAAGACGAACUAUUUAGAUUUAAGUUGACUGUACUUAACGGCGACGGUAAAACUGUUCAACCUGAUAUAUUAAAAGUUGUCAUUGCUGCUAACGAUAAUGCCUUUGGAGUAUUUAGUCUAUCCAACACUGAUACAAUGUUGGUUGUUAGCGAACUGUCAGAAAUAAAUAGAAUUCCUUUCAAUAUAAAACGGGAAGCUGGAGAUUUUGAAAAUGUUACAAUUUUGCUUAGAAUCGAUGAAUUGCACGGAAGAAAAAAUAGUAGUGAAGAUAUUAAAUUAUCUAAUAGUAUUGUUUUCUUUACUGAAGGAGAACGAAGUAAGCAAGUGUAUUUGGAGAUAAUACCCGAUGUUAUUGCGGAGAAUGACGAAAUCUAUGCCGUUUAUUUAGAUCAAGCCAAUCAGCCAUCUGACGUACUUAAUACAACAAAUAUUGUUCUAAGUCAUAUUCCAAUGACGAUCUUAAUAUCGGAAAAUGAUGCACCUAUAAGAUUUUCUCAACUUGAAUACAUCUUUAAUGAAGAGGAGUUUAAAAUUACUGUACCGAUCUUCUUAUUCAGAGGAUUGAGUAUAGAUGGAAUAACAAGGAUAGGUCCUAUCGAAUCACCGGCCACAGUCGAUUAUUAUAUUAUUCCUAAGUCGGCAACACUUAAAACGGACUUUGAAGGAAAAAAUGGAACAGUACAAUUUUCUUCUGGAAAUACAAAGAGUUAUUUUGAAAUAAACGUUCUAGCCGACGAAGUUCCUGAGAAAAUCGAAACUUUUUUAAUAUAUUUAACGAAUCCUGUUGGUGACGUUGUUCUUGAUAUUCCACAUCAGGUUAAUGCGACAAUUUUGAGUAAUGAUAAUCCACACGGAGAAAUAAAACUUACGGAUAAAAGUCAACUAUUAAUUGAUGAAGAUAAAAAUAUAUCGGAAUAUUUCAUAUUAUUAUCAAGAUCGGGAGGUCGAUUUGGGAAAGUGCUUAUCAACUGGACCAUAAUUAGCGAUUCGGAAGAGUCGGUAUUGAGUGAUUUUUACAGUGUAAAUGGAUCUGCUACUUUCGAGGAGGGGGAAGAAGAACGCAAUGUCUCUAUUAUAGUUCUUUUAGAUAGUGUACCUGAAGAACCCGAGUCGUUUACAUUUUGCCUAAUACCAGAUACGAUAACAGGUGGAGGAAAAGUUGAAACAAAUCCGUGUAGAAAAAUAAUUAUACUUGAUAGCGAUGAUAUGUAUGGAGUCAUAAAGUUCAAUUUGGAUAAUAGCGAAAUUAUUAUGGAUAAAGGAGUAAGAAAUUUACGGAUAGCUAUGACGAGAGAUGGAGCAAAUAAUGGAAUACUUGAAAUAGAUUUGGUGAUCUUGGAGGCAUAUCUAAAAUUUGGAGCGUAUUUCAAUAUUUCUAUUGUAAAAUUGAACCUUAAUAAAGUCUUGAGGUUUGGACCUUAUAAAACGCCUAAGGCUGAAGAUAGUAUCCUUAUUAUUUCUGUUGAUAGAAACUAUGCAAAUGGAGAAAUAGGCUUUUUAGAUGUAAAUAAUACAAUUGUAAAUGAAGGAGAUAAAAUUGAAAUAGAAAUAAAUAGAGAAGGAAUAUCUCCGGAAAUUGAGGUAUUUUGGGAAAUUUUAACGAAAAAUAGAACUUCUGAUGUUUUUCCAUCAAGUGGCGUUGUUAAUAUUGAAAAUGGUAUGACAUCUGGCGUUUUAAUAUUAAACAUUUUGGAGGAUUUAGAGCCUGAAAAUCAAGAAGAUCUGAUUAUCUCUAUAAUAGACGUUAAGCCAAAUGAUAAUCAAAAACUUAAAAUAAACGGAACUAAGAAAAGGAUAAUAAUUCGAGAAAACGAUAAUCCAGGAGGAAUGUUUGAAAUAGGGAAUGUUACGAAGGAUAAAGAAGAAUAUAAAGAAGGAGAUUCUUUUUUAUUAUCGAUUAUUCGAUCCCAAUCUAAUAUUGCUCGGAUAUGCAUUAAAUAUGAAGUACCGGGGGGAAACGAAGAAUUUAUUGGUGUUCCAUCUGUUAUAGUUUUCGAGGAAGGCGUUUCCGAAGUCAAUAAAACCAUUAUUGUUAGAAAUGAUGAUCUUCCAGAAAUUACAGAAAGUUUUGUUUUGGAGAUAAGUAGUUUCGGUCAGGUAGGCGAUAUAAAUUGUCCUAAAGCAACUGCAGUUGUAUUUGGGGAGAGAAAAUCCAUUGAAGUUUCAAUAAAAGAAAAUGACUAUGCUAGGGGUAUUUUAAGUUUUGCACCUGAUCAUUUACAUCAUAUAUUAGAGGAAUCUAAAAACGGAACUAAAAUGAGUGUCCUUAUUCCUGUGAAACGUUUCUUUGGACGGUACGGAGAAGUUGGUGUAGAUUGGCAAAUAUUUCCUUUCGAGAAUAACACCGAUAUAUAUCCAUUAACGGGCAAUCUGGUUCUUUCAGAGGGUGAAGGUGAAGCUUUCAUUGAUAUUUACAGUAUUGACGACGAAAUUCCGGAGAAAAAUAUAUCUUACAAUAUUUCCCUGAUGAAUCCAAAAAAUGGUGCCGUUCUGGGUAAUUUAACACAAGCGACCAUUGUCAUUAAGGGAAACGAUGAUCUUGUCCAUUUUCAGAAUACUAAAUUUUACGCAAACGAAGGAGAUAAUGUGACUGUAGCAAUUAUUCGCGACGGACUAUGCGAUUACGAAGCUUCUGUUUCGUAUAGAACAAGGGAUUAUACGGCUUCGAGUGAAAAAGACUAUGUGAAGGAAACAGGAACGAUAUAUUUUAGUGUAAAUGAAUGCACAAAAUAUAUUCGAAUCAUUACAAAACCAGAUGAAAUUCCUGAGAAUAAUGAAUCGUUUUUUGUAAAUCUCUUUAAUCCAAUUGGGCCUGUAUCUCUUUUCGGAGUAGAAGAUUUAGAAAUCAUUAUCGAUGCAAAUGAUAAUGGGAAUGGUAUAUUUGCCUUUGCUUUAAAUCAUUAUUUUGUUGAAGAAGGAGAAAUUUCGUUUAUUGAAAUCAACAGAGAUUUUUCUUAUCAUGGAAGAGUAUAUGUAAAGUGGGAAAUUACGUACGGGAAGAGUGAACAAAAAGCUUUUUUAAAUGAUAGUGGGAUAGUACUCUUCAAAAAUGAUCAAAGGAAAGCUGCUGCACAAGUUACCGCUAUCGCAGAUGGAAUGCCAGAGUUUUCGAAGAAUUAUUUUAUCACUUUGACUGAUCUUUAUCGAAUGGUCAAUGAAAAGGCUAUACCUGCAUCAGGCUACUUCAAUCAAAGCGCCCGUAACGUGACAAUUACAGUUACAAAAAACGAUUACCCAUACGGAUUGUUUACUAUAAAUGAGGAUAUUCAUAUCGAUGAGGAUAGCGUUAGUGAUUCAACUGGAAAUUUAACAAUCAUUAGGACUAAGGGAUUGAGUGGAUUAGUGACUAUUCUAUGGGAAUUGCAUGAUCCAAAUCAUGCUGGAAGUAGUCCCUCCGUUCAAUUUUUGGAUUUAAUUCUAUUCUCCGAUCCUCAAAAUUGUUCAAAAGACUAUAAUGAAAAAGGGAACAACAACGGAAUACAAACUCCAAUAGUACAUUUGAAUCACUCUUGUUCUUUACUUAUUAAAGAACAAACAAUACCUGAAUCGUUAAAAAUGGUCACAAAAGAUAGAGACAUGACAAUUUCCUUUAGGAUACAAAUAAUAAGAGAUGGAACCUUUUUCCGUAAACUAUCAUCGGAAAAUGAUAAUGAGAUAUAUAAUUUAAGCAUAAAUGUUAAAGAAACGAAGCUGAUCUUUGAAAAUCAACUUUUAAUGCAUGAAUUUAUAUUUAAGCCAUCUAUAAAUUAUAAUAAAUGGUACUAUUUUACAAUAAUUCUCAAAUCAUCCGAAAUGUUCUUCUUUCAAGAUGGAAAACUAAACGAUCGCCAGAGUUUAUCGGCUGAAUUAAGCGAUAACAACGGAAAAUUCUUAAUUGGUGAUCAGUAUUUUGAAGGUUUCGUACAAGAUUUUCGUAUCUGGGAUAGAUCUUUAACUUUUUAUGAAAUAGAAGAUUUGUACGUAUCACCAGUCUCCGCACACUUUUCUCCUAUAAGCGGCUAUAUAACCUUUGAAGAGCAAAUGAAAUAUCAAAAUAUCUCAAUUCAUAAAAAAGACAAUUCUAUUGCAGAAGAUGAAAAAGUAUACAUUUUUAAGCUUCUUCAACUUACUUCUGGUACAAUUGACCCUUCUAAGAGUGAGGUCAAAGUUACAGCUUUAAAGAGUGAUUUGGCAAACGGAUAUUUUGGCUUUUUAGACAACCAUAAUAUAAUAAAUAUUGAAGAAGGUCAAAAUAUAUCUUUUACAGUUUCCCGCCUACGUGGACGCUUUGGUAGCGUUUAUAUAUUUUGGUCUAUUGUGGUCAACAAUACUUACGAUUUUGUUUCUAACAAUGGGUCAAUACUCUUCGAAGAAGGUGAAAGCGAGCAUAAAAUUGAUAUCUCUUCCGUAAAUGAUAGUUUUCCUGAAUUAACUAAGAAAUAUACAUUAAAACUGGAAAGACUUUCUGUAAAUGGCGGCGAAGAAGAAUCCUAUAGUGGUGGAAAUUUUGAUGAAUCUAGAAGAUCGAUUCAAUUCGAGAUAACAGAAAGCGAUUAUCCCUUUGGUCUUUUUCAACUUUCUACAAGAAAUAUUGAAAAUAUGUCUUUAAUAUUACAACCAUUUGAGAAAAUGAAAUCGGUAUUUGUAGAAGAAGCGUGGAAAGUCGUUACAAUUACAAUUGAACGUAUAUCAGGUUUAAACGAUUACGUCAACAUCGAAUGGAAAACUACUGAUGGGACUGCCCUAUCACCUUUUCAAUAUAUUGGCAAAGCGGGAACUAUAAAGUUUGCUCCUUUCCAAAAACAGUAUUUUAUCGAUAUCGUUUUAGUCGAUGAUGAUAUUCCAGAGAAUUCAAUGAAUUUUUUUAUCGAAAUAAAAAAUCCUACUAACGGAGCAGUUAUAAAUGAAGAAGCAGCCAAAAUUGAAAUCAUAAUUCAAAGUUCUGACAAUCCUUUUGGAGAAUUGAUACUCUCUAAUGAUAAGCUUAAUAUCUACGAAGGACAGGAAUAUACGUUAAAGCUCUAUAGGAUAAAUGGUACAGGAGAAAUAAACGUUACUUGGGAAAUUAAUGAUGAUUCAAAAGAAUUUAAUCAAUCGUACGGAGUAGUGUAUUUUGGAAGAGAUGAUUCUGUUAAAACAAUAAAAUUGACUGCCAAUUCGGACAAUUUACCAGAAAUAGAGGAAAUUUACGAAUUGAGAAUAAUACACGUCUCUAAUGGUAUGAUAGGUAAACAGAGAUAUUCUAUUUUAAAAAUAUACGAAAAUGAUGAUCCCUAUGGCGUUUUUUUAAUUCAUCCAAAUGUGUACAUGUUCGAGGAAACUGCAGGUAUUAUUAGCUUCGAUGUCGAAAGAAGAAAGGGAACAUUUGGAACAGUUGUAAUCAGUUUUACAAUAGAAAAUUCGAGUAAAACAGAAAAAUACGCUGAUGAAGAUGAUUAUACACUCUUUAAUAAAACACUCGUGUUUCAACCUGGAAUAGUAAUGGCAAAAGUAUUCUUGUCUAUUUUAGACGAUGAUAUUCCCGAAGAAAGAGAACUUAUAGCUAUAAAAAUGACAGCAAAGUUAUUAGUGACGACAGAAAGUGAUGAAGAAAGAUAUAAUCUUACAUAUAAAUCGCAAUCAUCCUUGAGGAUAUAUAUAAUUGAGAAUGAUUUUUAUAAUGGUAAUUUCACUCUGGAAUGUAAAAAGACUAUUAAAGAGAGUUAUACUUUUGGAGAAAUUGCAAAAAUUCAUAGAAAUGGAGGAAAAUUUGGAAAAAUCGAUGUAUAUUAUUAUAUAGAACAUGGUUCAACUGAAAAAGACGAUUUUAGCUUACUAAACGAAACAAAAGUUACAUUUUUAGAAGGAGAUGUAUCAAAAGCAAUUUUUCUUUCUAUUGUGGAUGAUAGCAUCCCCGAGGGCAAUGAAUGGUUUUCGCUUCAAAUAAAAGUGACAUCUAACAGUUCUACACUGAAUCAACCAUCGGAAUGUAUCAUAAUAAUUGAAGAGUCUGAUUUCUAUAGGGGAGUCUUUCAGUUUGAAAAACAAGGCGAUGUGUCUCUUAUCGAUAAAGAAAGCAAUUUUCAUAAAAUUAAAAUUAUUAGAAAGGGUGGUUUACAAUCUGUAAUACCAGUUUACUGGAAAAUUGUAUCUCCUAAGAUAAAAGAUAUUGAAGUUUUACCAAAUACUGGAACUGUAAAUUUUCUAACUGGAGUUACAGAAGAGUUUCUUGUUAUUUCUGUGAUAUUCAAAAAAUUCAUCACAAAAACAAUAGAAAUAGAACUAUCUAAAGCCAUCAAUGCAACAAUUAAAAAUGGCGGUGAACGUUUUUAUCUAACCCUUCUUCCAUCUCAAAGCUCAUUUGGCCUGUUAAAAUUUGAUGAAAACCAACAAAAAUUAUACGAACUAGCCAGCUCUUCGAAGCAAACAAUUGACAUUAUUCGAAUAGGUGGACUCUAUAUGGAACUGGAAAUCUUUUACGAAAUCAAACAAACCAGUGUUAAAGACUAUUUAAUAGAUGAAAAUAAGAUAGAAAGCUAUUUCUCUCAACCAAAAAGUGGUAAAUUACCAAUGGUUGGAACAGUUGUGGACGUAAAAGAUCAAAGAACACCAAAAAAGAGUUGCAGUUUAAUAUGUUUGUUGGAUAAGAAUUGCAAAUCUUUAGAUUUUAAUAUGGAAACUUUACAAUGUACGUGGUACAGCUCUGGAGACUUUGAUUAUGUUGACGACCGAAAGUAUUAUAUUCAUUUUAGAAAGAAUGAAUCACUUAUGCAAACGCUUGAAAAGAAAAUAGCAAAGGAAAAUGAGGACUUUUUACCAUCUUCAAACAGCGUCCAAUUGAAAGCUUGGACGAGUAGAGUAAAAAUUCCAAUUGAUAUCCUUUCCGAUUCUCUACCUGAACCGGAUGAAAUGUUUACAGUUGAAAUUAAAGAUGUUAAAUCGUUAAAUCGAAAUAAUACAGAUAAAAUCUUUAAAACGCCAUUUUCAAAGACAAUAAUUAUAAAGAAUAAUGACAAUUACUUUGGUUUAUAUAGUAUAAAUAUAUUAUUGAAAGAGGAUAGCGAAAGAUUCAGACACGUUAAAGUUUCGGAAGAUAAUGAAAACUUCGUUUUAGUUGAAAUUAAAAAAAUUGGCGGAAGUGAAUUUCAUUCGUCGGUGUUUUUAAAAGUGAAUACUCAAUUAUCCAAUGGUGAUACGAACGACAUCAUUUUUAAAGAUCAGAACGUAUUCUUUGCUAAAAACGAAACAAGCAAAAUUAUUUUGGUAGGAAUCAAAGAUGAUGAUCAACCGGAAAGCGAAGAAAAGAUAGUUUUUGUCAUUGUUAAUCCUUCGGACGGUGGUCAAAUAGAUAGAGAAUUAAAUAAAGUUGAAAUAAUUAUUGAAAUGUCCGAUUACCCAUUGGGAGUAUUUGGAUUUCUUUCACCUGGAAUGAAAAUCUCUCAAGGUAAAAGCAUAGAAAUUGAAAUCUUUCGAGAAAAGUUUAUCAAAAGUGCUGUACAACUGCAAUACAAAAUCAUAAAUACAAAUAUAUCUAAAGAUUAUAUAACCACUAUUGAAAGCGAUAUUAUGUUUGGAAUGAAUCAAAAUAUUUCAACAAUUUCUCUAGUUCUAGCCAAACUUACAAGGCCAACUUUAGACGUGACGAUUAAAUUUGAACUAUCAAGUGUUGACGGCCUCUUUAAUAGUUCAACGAUGAAUGGUUACGUUAAUCCGUUAAGAAUGUAUUUUUUAUUACAAGUGCUGGGCGCAAACUAUCCUCAUGGUAUCUUUUCAUUCGUACAUAAUUCAAUAUCAAUUGAAGAAAAUUCUAAAUUUUAUGAAUGUAGUAUUAAAAGAUCAUAUGGAACAUUUGGUAAAGUGGGUGUAUAUAUAGAUAUUAUUAAAAAGUCCUCAACUGCUAUUGAGCACGAAGAUUUUCGGUUGACAAACACCCUUGCAGUUUUUGAUCAAGGUUCAACGUUAGAAACGAUAAAGAUUGAUAUAUUUGAUGAUGAUAUUCCGGAAAUUCGAGAAUAUUUUACCUUAAGGAUAAUAUCUGUUAAGGUAUUAGAUACCUUAACGAAUCAUACGCCUCUUAUAAAUGAUACCGAAGAUAUUAUAACAAUCAAUAUACUUCAAAACGAUAACGCCUAUGGCAUUUUUAAUUUCGAAAGGACAUCACUAAGCGUACAGGAAACAAAUUCAUCUUUUAAUAUAAGAGUUCUACGAUCAAGGGGACUAUUUAAUAACGUAUCAGUAUUUUGUUAUUCCCAAGGAACCCGUCUAGAUUUCGAAGAAUUUGAGAAGGAAAAAUCGAUUACUUUCGAAAUAUUUGAAGAUAAAGAUUUUAAAGAAGGAAACGAAUCAUUUUUCAUUUUAAUGGAUAAUCCUACAAACGGUGGAGAAUUGGGAAAUAUUUCUUCCGUUCUGAUAACGAUUAUCGAUGCAAAUAACGAAUUUGUAGUGAAAUUUGCUGAUAGAAACGAUAUUGUUUUAAAAGAGAUUACAAAAUCAAUUUUCUUAAAAGUUGUACGAAAAAUGGUCCAUUCGUUUAAAGAAUACAAGUUUACUGUCUCUAAUUCAAAAGAUAAACAUUCCAAAGAUAUUAAACCAAAUUCCGGAAAGAUAACGUUUAAACGAAACGAAGCAGUCCAAUAUAUCAUUCUAGAUAUUAUUGAUGAUGAAGAACCGGAAGAAGAUGAAAUCUUUUUCGUAAACAUAUAUUCAAACUCCUUAUCAACUUUAUACGAUAAGACAAAAAUUAUUAUCAGAGAAAAUGACCUUCUAUCAGAUUUGGAUGUCUACUCUGAAGACGAUACUAUAGAAAUAACAAUUUCAAAAACAAAUUCCUAUAACAUAUCUAUUCCUUUAAAUUUAGUAACAAUUGAUGGAACGGCUAAACAUACUAAAGGACUAUAUACAUCUAUUGUUCCCUUCCAAAAAAUAAGCUAUGACUUCGAAAUGAAUCUCGUUGAAACUAUUUCUGCUAGCGGUGUCUCUAAUUAUGAAAUCUCUUAUCCCAUGGGAGAAGAAGUUUAUCUUACUCUAUCCGGUGAAAAUAUCGAUUCUCAAGUGUUCUUAUGGGAAGAGAAAGAAAAAUCAUUUUUAAAUCUCUUCUUAAAGAAUUGGGAAAAUAUUCUGUUUAUAUAUCAAAAGGAAAAGGCGUAUGCUUUCUCUCUCACUGAAAAUUCUACCGCAAUUGGAUUAAUAAACAAAAUUAACUCAAGCAGCGAUAUGAGCUUUCUGGAUUUUACAUUCAAAUUUGAAGAGAUGGAAGAUAUAAAAACUUUCUAUAUGAAAGUCUAUGAUGACAACGAUGCUGAAAAUUCAGAAUAUUUUUUCAUUAAUCUACUUUCUAGUGAUAAAAGUACAUUGUUUACUUCUAAAAUGAUAAGGAUCCGCGAAAAUGAUGACUUUAAUGGGGUAUUUUCUUUUCACAAUAACUUUUUAAAAGUAUCUGUGGAAGAGAAUGUCCAAUCUUUUGUUGAUCUCACAAUAAUAAGGGAAAGAGGAUCUUACGGUAAAUGUAUUGUAUUUUGGAUUUUUGAUGACCCUACUAAUACUGAUAUUCAGCCAACUUCUGGAAUGGUAGAGUUUGAAGAAGGUGUAACAGAAGGAAACAUAUCCCUAUCAAUCAUCAAUGAUAAUCAACUGGAAAACGUGGAAUCUUUUUUCAUUUUUCUGCAAAGAACCGUUGGUGGAUCUCGUCUCGGAGAUAAGAGAUAUUCAUUGUUACAAAUAAAUGCAAAUGAUAUGAAAUACGGAAGAGUUCGUUGGAAGACGGACAAAGUAAAUGCCUACGAAAAUGAAGAACUACAAUUAACACUAUUAAGAGAAGAAGGAUUGACCGACGAUUUAAAUGUGCGAAUCUUGUCUUUUAUUGAUAUACAAGAUGAAUAUUCAGCCAAGCCAGGAGCCGAUUUUUUCCCAAUAGAUGAUAUUUACGUUAUCCCCAGCGGAGUAUCUCAAAUUUCUAUUCAAGUUAAAAUCCAUAAUGAUCUUAUAGCGGAAAGAAAUGAGCAGUUCUAUUUAAAGAUAUUUUCUGUUUUUCCUAAAAAUAACCCGCCGAAGAGUUCGGAUCCCCUAAUUGAUUCUUUCAGUCAAAUUUGUACCAUAACUAUAGUUGAGAACGAUUAUCCAAAUGGUGUAGUUGAGUUUAAAGAAAGAAACGUACGUAUGGUGAAAGAAAACGAAGCUUUUGUCAGAUUUCCUAUUAUCCGUCGAAACAAUAUUAAUAACAGUAGCGUUAUAGUUUCGUGGAAAGCAUCAACGAAAACAACUGUCGACUUUAGACCUAUAUCUGAUAAUCUUGUAUUUCAUCCUAACGAAAAUUUAAAAUACGCUAAUAUUUUUAUCAUAGAUGAUAGUGAGAUGGAAGGAAAAGAGGUAUUUGAAUUAAACUUGGAAUCGAAUGAUAAUAGUCUUUUAAUAGGAGAAAACAAUAAACAAGUGUUUUAUAUUUCCGAUAAUGAUUCCCCUCUGAAUGAUAUCGGAUUCGAAAAAAGUACAUACGUUUUAAGUACAAACAAUGCUAAUGAAGAUAAAAGUUUCCAUAUACCGAUUAAAAGGCAAAACGCAGGAGAGAGUUUAUCUCUCGUAUAUAAAGUAUCAACUACGGCAGUUAAUGAUAUAAAAGCUCCAUUAACUAAGAGACUAUCAUUUAAUAUUGGCCAAACAACAAAAAAUGUUGUCUUACAUGUUUUAAACAAGAAGAGAUACGAAGAAAAGGAUUAUGUAUUAGAGAUAAUCUACUUAAAUGAUUCUGAUAACUUUCUACCAAAGAAUUCAAAAUGUCAAUUAAUUUUACCGCCCAAUAUUCAAAGUGAGGUGUCUGUAAUAACGAAAGAUGUCUAUGUUAAUGAACCUAGUAUGACAAACUCUGGAACGGCUGCAAUUAGUAUUGAACGUUUCAAAAAUCUACUAAUACCUAUACAAAUUGAAUGGUCAAUUAUACCAAACGAACUAAAUACUUUUAAAAAGAGAAAUGGAGUUGUAAAGUUUGAACCUAAUGAAAAUAGACAAGUUAUAACUCUAAAACCUUUAGAUGACUCUAUUCCGGAAUUGGAGAAAUCGUAUUUAUUCUUAAUAAAAGUUGCCGAAUCGUAUGAUGAAACAGUUAAAAUUGUUGAUAAUUCCGCAAAAGUACAAUUUGGUGAUAGUGAUUUUCCAAGAGGAUAUUUUGAAUUUUUAAAUUUCAAGCAGAAUAUAAUAAGUGAAACUGUAAUUGAUGUAAAAGUUGCUAGGAAAAAAGGUACUUUUGGAUCAGUAAAUGUCUUUAUAGAGACAAUAUCGAAAAGUUCUGAUAUGGAAAAGAUUGAUAGGAUACUACCAUUUUUAACUAAUCAGAAACAAGCUUCAUUUUACAUCCAUUUUAAUUCCAGUUUAAGAAAUGGUUCCUUUAUUCAUUUACGAAUUCAUAAAACUGAACUUCUUUCACAUAAUAAAAACAAUAAGGAACUGUUUGAACCGCCAAAAAUUGGAUUUAUUAAUCAUAUUUAUCUAUAUUAUACAAAGAUUUCAAAAGUAUCAAUUAAAUUUGAAGUACGAAACUUUUAUGGAUCGGAGGGAAAGAUUUUGAAAAUACCUAUUCAAAUAUCAGGAGAUAACUAUGAAGAUGUAAUAAUACAUUUCGAUACGAAAGAUAUUUCAGCAGAAAGAAAUAUUGAUUAUAGACUGUUGACUGAUACGAUAAUCGUAAGACCUACUGAGUCAAAAAUUUUCCUGCUUGUAGAAAUAAUCGACGACAAUAUUGCGGAAGGGCAAGAAUUGUUUAUAAUCAAUAUCCGUUCCGCUUCAGGAGCCAUACCAGUUGAAGUUAAUGAUAAUAGUACUACAGUAGUCAUCAAUACAUCUGAUUUUCCAUAUGGGCAUUUAGAGUUUAUAAAACCUGUUAUAUAUGAAUUUGAAAAUCCAUCAGAAGAUACAUCUUUUACGGCUGGAAUCGGAAGGAAUGGACAUUCAAAAGGAUCAAUUAAAGUAUUUUUACAGUUGCAACAGAUUUUUGAAAAUAGAUAUUUAGAUAUAAAAAACGUUGAUGAUAUUUGUUUCAUUGAAAGGGGAGGUUGUUCAACAAAAAUCUCUCUAUUAUGGACAAACAAAGAAGUAAACAAUAAGACAUUUUCUCUUCAAAUUAAAAAGCACGGUUUACAAUGGGAAAUUGAAAAAAAUUUCCGCGUUAUCAUGUCAAUGAUUCAGUCAUCAGAAGGCGGUACUUUGGCAGAUUAUCAAACAAUGUACUUUCUGUCUAUAAAAGUCAAAAAAUACUUACAUCCAAAUGGAAUUGUAGAGUUUUCUGGUAUAUCUCUACAGAAACGUCUCUUUGAAGAAGCAAAUGAUUUUCAGAUAGUUUCAUUUCCAAUUUACAGGAGUUUGGGAACAAUUGGAGAUAUAAGUAUCUAUUGGAAUAUUCAACAAGAAGGAGCUAAGAACAAUAUGGAAAAGAAUAAGAAAGAUUUUACCCAAUUAUCCGGUUCCAUUCAAAUUAAAGAUGGAUCACGAAAUGGUGUAAUAGAAAUUAAAAUUAUUAACGAUGAGGUUCCUGAAUUUCGGGAAGAUUUUUCAAUUAAUAUCGUUAAAAUUAUUGGAGGUGCUGAAAUAAGUUCACAGUUGAAUAAAAGUUCUUUUUCAAUAAGAGCAAAUCAACACCCUUAUGGACUAUUUGGAAUUUUGCCUUUGGAACCAUCCUUAGAAAUAAAUAAAAAUACGAAAUUGCGUACUUUAAAUUUCGUUUUCUAUCGUUAUAGAGGAUUAUCUGGCGAAGUGAGACUUGUUUAUACAAUUGAGAAGGACAAUGACGAGAAAGUUUACUCAAUAAAAUUUAAAGAAAAUGAAGAUACGCAAAAGAUUUCAAAUGAAAUUGAACCAAGCAUUCGGGAAGAUAGAACAAAACUCAUUAUUGAAGUAACUGAGAGAUAUGCGAAUAGUAUUGUUGGUAUAAAAGUCAAUGAAUCUUUUGAUAAUGAAAAGAGAAUUAAAUUACAAAUAUUUCGAAAUGGUUUCUAUGGAUAUUUAAGUGUUAAGUGGGCUUUGUUCUCCAGUUCAAAGUUUUUAAACGGAACUGAUGGUACAAAUAUUUUUAUUGAUGGAGAAGAAAGCAUUGAACUUGAAAUUUCAAUGCAAAAAGAAAGCUUAGUCAAUCUUUUAUGCGAAGUUGUUAUUUCUGAUGUAAAACUUAUUAAUUCUUCGGGUGGUGUUCUAAUUGAUGAAAGAUACAAAAGUGUAAAAAUAUAUCCUGAAGGUGUCAUUGUAGUCAAUCAACAGCAACGUUUAAUCAAAACCUCAGAAGAUUCGGGCUAUGUAACAAUAGAAAUGAAUCGUUUUUUUGGGAAUUUAGGUGCCAUUAUAGUAUUUUUUCAAACUAGCGACAUAAAUACUACCAAAGAUGUUGAUUAUAGAGCAAUAAACGAUGGAAAAGUUGUAUUUGCUGAAAAAGAAGUUACAAAAGUUGUAAAAGUCGAAAUAUUAGAUGACGAAGAAGCCGAAUUAGAUGAAAUUCUGACCUUAACUAUAACUCAAAUAACAUGUAAAACAAAUUUGUGCAUGUCAUCAAAAGAUCUAAGUUAUUCAAAAAUCCUUAUAGAAAAGAAUGAUAAUCCUUAUGGUGUGUUCUCUAUUCAAUCCGAGCAGACAUUUGUUAACGAACCAAGUGAGAUUACUCUAAAGAUUAUUCAACACUUCAAUACAAAACAACGAGUAGAUAUUAGAGUAAGGUCAAUAGGGGGUGGUGAAAGUUGGUUAGUUCCAUCAUCAAACAGUGAUAAGACUAUUGAAAAAGCCUUAGAAAUCAGAGAUAUGAAAAAGAAAAGCUCUGCUUACGAAGAUUAUCAAGUUCUAGAUCAACUUAUAAGUUUCUAUCCUGAUGAUAAAAUGCAUACUGUUAAAUUUUACAUUCAAGAUGAUUUGUUACCUGAAAGUUUUGAAGAAUGUUUUAUAUAUCUUAGUUCAGAGAAUCCAGCCGUUGCUUUUGCUAAUCAAAACAAUAGUUUUAAAAGUUACGCUACCAUUACAAUUAAACCAAAUGAUAUGUGGAAUGGUAUUGUUGGAUUCGAAAAGCUUUCUUUUACUUAUGACGAAGAUUCUCAAUCAAUUAUCAAAAUACCAAUCGUAAGGAAAAAUGCAUUUUUUGAAAAAUUACAGGUAUCUUGGUUCGUUUUACCUGUGAAUAAUGAAUUAUUAAAAAGGAAGAUAUUGUCAAUGAAAGGAACAACGCAAUUUGAGAAACUUACCAAUCGUACAUUUAUUGAAAUUCCCUUUAGAAAUGACAAAAUACCAGAAAACGAAACGUAUUUUUUCGUUAAAAUUGAUAAAGUUGGCGAAGGAGCAAGGAUAAAUGAUAAAGAAGACGAAUGUAAAAUCAUUGUUCUGGGUAACGAUUAUCCAAAUGGUUUUAUCCAAUUAGUAUCAACAACAGAGAAUACUAUUGUUAAAACGUCUAAAUCGCAUAUUGAUUUAAAAAUUGAAAGAAAAGGUUUUCUUGGUAAACGUAUAACGUUUAAAUUAAAAACCGAAAGUCCAUUAAAUUCAAUACAAUUACCCGAGUCCAAAGUGGAAAGAGCCGUUAAUGGUGAAUUUCAAAAAAUUGAUAAAGAGUUUGUAUUUGAACCGAAUAUGAAAGAAAUUGCCGUUAAUAUUAAAUUGAAUAUAAGCACAUCAAAAGCUAAAUUUUUUACUGUAUUACUAUACGAAUUAUCAAAUUCGGCUAGCUUAGGAAUAUCGGAAAUAAACGUUACGAUAGUAAACGACGAUAUCUACCAAAUAUGGAUUAUUUUUAAUGAUUUUAAAGUAUAUCAAGCAACGAAUGUUACGGCUAUUACAUCUACAACCCGACAAUUAAUCAACGUUGCUAAAAGUCCACUAUCUAAUACUUCCGGUGAUAUGAUGAAAGCUUUAUUGAAAUUUUUAUUCUCUUCUCUGGAAAGUAACUUAUGGAAUGAUAGUCUAUAUCAAGAUAUAUUUGAAACGUUUUGCAUCUUACUUCAAUCUACUCGUAAAGAUUAUUUACAUGGUAAUUCCGAUUUCGUAAAUCUAUUACGUGACUUUCUACUAUUAACGUUUCCUACAAAAGAGCAACAAUGUAGUCCUAUUGAAUCUCAAAUGGAAUGCGAUACAUUAAAAGUAGUAUUUGGUAUUAAAAAUAUCUCUUCCUUACAAGAUUUUAGGAUUCAAUAUACGAAGAGCGAUUAUAUUAAAAUAUCUUCUAAUACAAGAGAUAUUGAUCGUCGUAAAUGCGGAAGUGAUCUAUCUGGUAGCAAUGAAUUAAAGCAUUAUAGCAAUAACUGUAAAGAUAGCGACAAUGAUUGUGAAUAUAUAUCAAGUAUAGUAAAAGAAAAAGACGAAUUAUCAAAUUGUAAUAUGGAUGAUUUAAUACUCGCUUUGAAUUCUGUUAAUGUUUUUGACAAUGAAGUAUCUUUAAAGGAAGCAAAAGAGGCAGGAAAAGUUGACUUAAGAAGAAUUUCUAUUGCAGACACAAAAGGUUCGAUUCGAUGCACAUUCAAUUAUGUAGCACAAGGUGGAACAAAUGAAAAGUGGAGAAUGACAAUCGUAGAUGAUAGCGAAAGACAGAGUUGUUUAGUUGAAAGACCGGAUGGUAAUUCAUAUCUAUUUUUUCAAGAAUUUGAUUUAGAGAUUGGAGGUGUAGAAUCAAUCUCGGCUGCCAUUGCUUAUAAAAAUGACUUACAACCACUGGAUCAAGAAGAGUACAAAAUUGAUUUUCUAAUGAAGAGAGUAAGCUCUCAGAGACAACAAUUUAAAUCUCAAUUAGCGAGAUUAGAAAUAAUGAGGAACCUAAUGGAAAAUAGAGGAGAAUUGUGA